AAGUGUUGAAAAAACAAAAUUAAAAAAGAAGGGGUUAUUUAACCGUAUUUAUAUUUAUAUUCUCAAAUGAUUAUUAAAGUGGCUGAAACAAGUAAAAAACGUUUUCCAUUGUGCAAAUUUUACACAAUUUUAAAAAAUUUUUAAUGAAAAAAAAUGAGUACAAGUAAUAAAAGAACAGUAUACGUUGGGGGUCUUGCUGAAGAAGUAGACGAACAAGUACUGAAUGCAGCAUUUAUUCCUUUUGGAGAUAUAGUAGAUGUCCAAAUUCCUCUUGAUUAUGAAUCUGAAAAACAUAGAGGCUUCGCUUUUAUCGAAUUUGAAAAUGCUGAAGAUGCAGCAGCAGCCAUCGAUAACAUGAACGACUCUGAAUUAUUCGGUAGGACCAUAAGAGUUAAUUUAGCGAAACCGCAAAGAAUUAAAGAAGGAUCUACAAGACCAGUAUGGUCAGAAGAUACUUGGUUGCAACAACAUGCAGGUGAAACUAUAGGGAAAAAAGUGGGAAAUGAUGAUAAUAUUGAAUCAGAUACUGAAAAAAUAGAAUCUAAUGCAACUGAUUCUAAAAAAGUGAAAAAUCCACAAGUAUACUUUGAUAUUAAAAUAGGGAAAACUGAAAUUGGAAGAAUCACAAUGAUGUUGAGAGCUGAUGUAGUACCUAGGACUGCAGAAAAUUUUAGAUGCCUCUGUACACAUGAAAAGGGGUACGGAUUUCAAGGCAGCAAUUUCCACAGAAUAAUUCCAGAUUUUAUGUGUCAAGGGGGAGACUUUACAAAUCAUAAUGGAACUGGGGGAAAAUCAAUUUAUGGCAGAAAAUUUGCUGAUGAAAAUUUUGAACUUAAACAUGUUGGACCUGGUACCUUAUCCAUGGCUAAUUCUGGACCUAAUACAAACGGAUCACAAUUUUUUAUUUGUACUGCAAAAACUGAUUGGUUGGAUAACAAGCAUGUUGUUUUUGGACAUGUUUUGAGUGGUAUGGACGUAGUGAAGCGUAUGGAAAAGUGUGGUACAAAAAGCGGUAAACCCACAGAGACAGUAACUAUAUCCAGUUGUGGUGAAAUUCAGUGAGCGAAAAAAGUUGAAGAAUUGGCAGGAACAUAUUUCUAUGAUCUAAGUGUAGUUAAAUCUAUUUGACUGAAGAGUUAAUAUUAAACAAUUAUUAAAGUUUAUUAAUAAUUUUUUUGAAAUAAAUAUCUUUUUAACAAAUUAAA